AUGCUCUAAACAAUAGGUGAAAGACCUUAAAUACAACCACCCAUAAAUUAUGGGACUGUUAAAUACUCAUUCAAAUGUAUACGUCGGCACUUAUUUAAAGAUAAAAUUUACUAUGUUCAUGCUUUACCCAAUAUGAUUACAAUAGGAGAUGUAAAUAAUCAAUCAUAAUCUUAGCAUAUCAAUGAUCCUUUUCCUAAGUAUACAUUAGAAUUGAAUUUGAAAAAUAUAGUUUAUUGGAAGUAAGAACAUGGUUAAAAUCGUGCCUUUGGUAUAAAAUAUAAGUAAGUUUUGAAAAAUGAGAAUAUUUUAGAAAGAAUGUGAAGUACUUUGAAGCAACUUCAGAAUAAUUACAAAAAUUUCGAUAGGAAAUUAGUUGUUUAAUUGGGUUCCAUUCCUUUGAUGAUCACUAUAAAAUUGAUGAAUUAAUUGGGAAAGGAUCAUUUUCUUCUGUAUAUAAAAUAUUUAGAAUAAAUGAUAAAAAAGUAUUCGCAAUGAAAUAUGUAUCAAGUAAAUAAACGAACAAAAAAGAAAAUAUGGUAUAAUAUAUUAAUAUUAGUAGCAAUUAGUCGAAAAUGAAAUAGGAAUACUUAAGUCCUUCAAUAAUGAAUCCAUCCUAAAAAUAUAUGAAGUCUAUCGUGUUGAAGAGUAUCAUUAUGGAAUUAUAGUUGAAUAUUUAGAUGGAAUUGCAUUAUCUACUUUAAUCGAAUAGUUUAAGAAAAAUUAAAACAUUCUUAAAGAAUCAGACAUCAAAAUAAUUCUUUAAAAUUUAUUAAUGGCAUUAGCUGUAAUACAUUAAGAAUAAGUAAUACAUAGAGACAUUAAACCAUAAAAUAUAAUGAUUUCCUAACAACAUUAUAAUUGUGUCAAAAUUAUUGAUUUCGGACUUAGCAUUAAGAAUUAAUUACAAUAUAAUAGAUGUGGAACUCCAGGUUAUAUGGCUCCUGAAAUUGUAAAUAUGAGAAAGGAUUAAUAAAAGGCUUGGACAUCUCUUUGUGAUAUUUUUAGUCUUGGAGUAGUAUUCUUUAAACUGUAUUAAUAUAUAUCUAAGACUUAUAGAUUAUCAAAAGGAAUCAGUUGUUUUUAAGGUUAAACUUCUGAUUAAGUCUUAGCUAACAAUAAAAAUUGUUAAAUUGAUUGGUCCAUAGUAUAACAACAUAAUUAUUCUAAAAAUUGCAUUGUAAAAAUGAUAAACUUUAAUAAUUAGUCACUAUUAAAAGCAAUGUUAGCAAAAGAUCCUGAAGAAAGAAUUACAGCAUAUUAAGCUCUUCAACAUCCAUUCUUUGGAGAUGUGAUUUAAACUAUGUAUACUGAUUAUGUUGGACAUUCAAUUAAUCUUAAAUCAAAAUAAAUUUUAAAUCCAACAACUGAAAAACAAAAUCUCGAUUCCUAAUAAAGUGUAGAAGAUAAAUAAAUUUAAAAGUAGUAAGUUUACAACAGAGACAUAAAACCAUCUAUUUUAAGUAGAUAAAAAUGA